GAAUUUGCUAUGGGGGAAACCCUUGUUGUUGAUAGUAAUGUUUCAGAAGUGGUUGGGGGCGCCGAAGCCCAAAUUGGUGAGAAAGAUGUCAGAGAAGGGGAAACCCCUGAGAAGUCUGAGGGGACAGAAACCCCUGUUUACAUUUCGGGGGCAACCCCAUUGUUGAACAAGGAGGGAGAGGCCCUCGAUGCUGAGAAUGCUCAAGAACCCGUCGAUGUCGGGUUGAAUUUGCUCGUACACCUGACGGGGGACACCAAUUCGCCAGUAAAUCCGAGGGAAGAGCGAAGACAGGCUCGUCGGAGUCUGCUUGAUAAGAUAUAUGAAACCGUUCCACAGACAGAAGAAGGAUUGCUGAGUCUAGAGACUGCGGCUCCUGAGCAUGCAAACUCUCCUAGACCUACUGAUGGGGGGAGCGACGAGGAUGAGCGCAGACACGCGGCCGAGAGGAAGAGGAAGGGGAAACAGAUUGCUCCUUCCUCGACCAAGAAAGCAAAAGGGAAGUCCGCUGACCACUCUCCCUCUCCACCUGCUGAAGUACCGUCCGAUGUCAAGUCGGAAAACCCUAAUGAGUCCAGUGACUCCGAGGAAGAACAAGAAGUGGAGCUCAAUUUUGAGCCGAAAGAAAUCUGGAUCACUAAGGAACUGCUGAACGCGAUGGGGAAGUUUGAGGACCCAAAACGUACAGCAAUAUAUGCGGAGAAGAGUGUCGUGGGGAAAUAUGCCAAAUCUGGGAAGAUGUACGAUUCGGCCGAGCUUAAAGGGAUCUCAAGCAAUGACGAAUUUCGGGGGUAUAUAGGGGCAAUCGGCUUUGACUGGUUGCUAAAGCAUAGCACCAUUGAGGUUCCGAUAGACGUGGCGCGGGAAUUUUUCUCGACUUUCCGGUUUAAAUCCACCACCGACUUGGAUGCCGAUUCCAUCAACUUCAGGCUCUUCAAUGAAGAGCAUGUGAUGAGCAUCAGGGAGUGGACUCUACGGAUGGGUCUGCUGAUGCGUACAGAAGAUGACGAAGGAUUAUGGAAUGAGAGAAUGGUCGGCCCACCAAAACUCACACCAGGUUUCAAAGCGCAGAGCGCAUGGGAGUUCUUGACUCACCCGAGGGUGGGUCAAUUUAAAACUAGUUGCUCGAAGGCUCACCAUAUCGAAGACAGGGUUCUGAGGUUCGCCCAAACCUUCAUUAGCUACAAUCUGAUGGGCACAGCCAACACCGCCUUGACAACCGCCGACUUAUACUUUACCUGGUGCAUGGCCACGGGUGUACGUGUCCACUUGGGUUACUGGUUAGCUCAAGCCUGCCACCAAGUAACUGCCAACCCCUCCCGGCAUCUACACACAUGCCACCUUCUGGGGGCUUAUUUGCAGCGCAAUGUGAUCAUGAAGAUCCACAAGGCUUGCCGGGAAGUGAAGAUGUGUCUACCCCCCGAGGUUUUCAAUAUGGAGUACUUCUUCAACAAGGGGCUACUAAUCAAGCACAAGAGGGAUGUCUGUUUUUACGAAGUUGGUAAGUCGGAGGCCCAGAUCAAACAGGAACAAGAGGUGGCGGGAGUGAAGGACGUUACUGACGUGGGUGAAGCCAGGAAGCCAGUUGUGGAAGUGGACGCAAUGAGGAAGGAAGUCAGCUGGAUGAGAUCCGAGAUUCAAAAGGUGAUGGAAGGGAUAGUGGCCUUGCGGGGUAAAGGGAAGGACAGUGGUGAAGCUGAGAGAGUAAGGAAGGAAGUUGCCAGAGUACGAACGGAAAUGGAAGGAAUGAGAACGGAGGUUCGGAAGGUCAGGGAGGAAAUAGUAGCCCUCAAGGGGCGCGUUUCUGAUCUGGUGGUAAUGUCGUCCCGAUGUACUGAGAAGAUGACGGAGGGUGUCGCGUUAAUGAUGACAAUGAUGAAGUGGUUGCGCUAGAAAUUCCCGGACGCACCAAUAUUACUUCCAGGACCUAGUGGCUGACCCAAGGCGCCAAGUCAAGGAGAUCUAUCUAUCCGGAAGCAGCCACAAGUCACCAAGCCUCUAAUCACCCCGUCCUCUACUAGACCCAUGACCUUGAAGAAGACCGUACCCGGACAGACAGAAGAGAGGAAAGAGAAGCCGGAGUCGCCGGCAAGAAAGAAAGCUAAGGUGACCCAACAGGCCGUGCCGCCCAAGUCUGGCUCCCGAGGGGGCUAGGCACCGAAUUAAUCCUCCCAACCCAAGACUCUCUGGACAUUCUUUACGCGCUAGCAAGCCAAAGGGGACUUGAAUAGCUUUCACAUCAGAUUCUUCAGCUGGUAAUGUGAUGGCUUUAGAUCCCAUGUGACAUUUUUUGUGAUUUGUAACACCGACAGACUUAUCCCUAGAGAUUGAAGAUGAAACCUCCCGCCUUCUCUUUGAAUGACGUGAAAUAGGAUCUACUACUUCGUCGAUGUACCUUUUUGUGGGCUUACCAGAUCUCUUUAGCGCAGGAAGUGCAUCAGGUGGGCUUUCUGCAGACAACAAGGAGGAAAACAUCUCCACUGGUUGGGAAAGGUUUGUAGCAUUCUCAUCGGAUGGUAAAUCAUCAAAAGAGUGUGUUGAAAAGUCAAGGACCUUGCCAAUAUUCUCUUGUGGUGAUUUCAGAGGUUUCUUCUCAGACUCAUGUUGAGGACUAGGAAUUUCACAAAACUCAUAACUCUUGAGAUCAACUACAUCAUUUCGGCGUUCGUGCACUUCCAUUAUUUUGAAUAGAUCUGAUUUCCACGGAGAGUCAAUACCAGCACAUGUAAGAACUGGACUGUCUGAAACAGAGGUCUGCAAGCAUUCGCUUGAAACAUAUUCCAGAUCUGUAAUUCUUUCAGCAAAUUCAACACCUGCACACCCAAUACAGCAGUUUUCUUUUUGAUUGGUUUUGGGUUGGGUGAGGGUAAAGAAGGAGGGUUAGCAAAAUGUGCCACUUAAAUGACUGGAAAGUUUAAUAAGACCCUACAGGGAUACUCACCUAGAAGAUACUCUUCUCCCAUGCUACAGAAAUCAUUUUGCAAUCUAAAAUAGCCACCGUCAUCCUCAGUGUGUAAUGACUUGAGUACCUACAGAUGGCCAUUCUCUGUGAAAAUAAUAUAGGCAGUGAAAAUUGUAUUGGAUUUGGAUACAGACCAGGAGGAGCAUUUUAUGGCAUCACAAUGUGGGAACGCCUGCCUUUUUUCUACAAUUUUCUUCUUAAAAAGGAAAGUUCAUGGCAUCACACUUUCGUACAGUUCUUUCUAUUUUUGUUCUAGCCCAUUAAUGAAAUUCCAGGCAUUAAAGAAAUACUGUGUAUAACAUGUGUAUACAGCAUAUUUUCUAACAAUGUCAAUUAUCAAGUAUAAAAGCAAGAAUUGGUAUGUACACCAAUCAGAUCA